AUGAUUCUCUACAUUUUUCUCUCACUUAUCCCUCUGGUGUCCACUGGUUAUCAUCAUCCGUCACAAGAUUGUUCCGGUUUCUUCAAAUAUGAGAAUUCGUGUAACCAACUUAUUUUGGAUCUUAUUCAUGACUGGUCCACUGCCAAACCAAUUCCAUCUGUGAAAAUAUCGAAAUCUUUGUAUUCAGAUUGUAGAAGUGCAUUGGAAUGCGUUAAAAUGAUUGACUGUGAGGAGAAAAAUGAAGAAAUUUCAAAGAAAAUGGCCGAUUUGGCUGAGCUUUGUAGUGGAAUUGCGGCGUUCUCUUCAUCGUUUGGAAGCUGUAUCACUGUUAUUCAAAGCAAGGAAUCGUCUCAAGAAUAUCCAUGUUUGAAAUAUUGGAAUAAUCCGUACCAAACGCCAACCUGCGAAUUCUUUGAAUCAGAAUACGACUGCGCUGAGAUGAUUGUGGAGAAUCAAUGUGGACUGAGAUCUUUGCAAGAAAUGAAUAUGAAUAGAAAGUUUAUUACGGAGUUCUUUGGAUGCAAGAUGCCGAUUGAGAGCAGAAAUGAGACGAAAACGAUUUAUGCAACAGGGAAAAUCGUUUUGGAUGAGGGCAAAGAGUCAAUGCUUCGAGGUGCAUCAAAUGCUCGACUAGAUGAUUCUGGACAAGAUGAUUAA